AUGGCGGGCAAGGGAAAAGGCAAGAAAAAAGAAAAAAAGGAGAAAGAAGAUGGCGGUGACAAGAAAAAAGCCAAAAAAGGCGGCGGAAGACCAAAAAAAGGCAAAGCUAAAGGGAGAUGUAAUGUAGAUAUGCUGACGGAUGCAGCUAUGGAAAAUGUUUACUACGCAUGUCACAAUGUGCAGGAAUUGCUACAAGCCCGCGGAUUUUGCCCUCCCGACUUCAAUAAGAAGAAAAAGAAGGGAAAACGCUAA